GCGUUGCGUAUUCCCGUGCGGUGAACACGCCUGGCAGACCAAAUAUUGAUACUGCUUUCGAUACUGGCUAGAGACACCUAGCUGGCUUUUACUUAAACGCUCACACUCACAGAAGUCGGUCGGUCAAUCAGUUCUUGGUGCUUUGAGUUGGCCGCGCGGCACCAGAUGAUGAAUUAAAUCGCUAAUAUGGAUAUGGGCUGGCCGGGGCUAUAGUGAAGCCAGGAGGGGUAUGGCCCCCCGCUCGGCCUUGAACCUCCUUCUUCUUUUCCUCGUCAUCUUUGGUGGAUCAGCAACUGGAGAUGUAGGCCUGAAAGAUGUUCCUGUGGCUUCGGGGCUCGACUUCGUGCGUGGGCUUGCGGAUGACAAUGUGGGCACACUUUCGUUCACCGCGGACGUCCACUUGCGCGAGGAGGACUGGGCGGGGAUCAAGAUCCCGAUUAUCAUCGGCAGGAAUGUGACCAUGAGGGGUCAGCCGGACUUGUGGCGUGUGCUGGACAUGGGGUGGCUUGCAAACAAGGUCCAGAACCGCAACGGCACGACGGUGCUGGUGCAGUACAUCAUUUUGUUCCAGUUCAACAAGGCCAGCACGCAAGCGCCCGGUGUGGACCUGUACGCACCGCUGCCGGCCGGUGACUGGUCAAUCCUGGCGCUGGAGACGGGCGGCAUGAUCACCGAUUACUGCCUGCCGGCGUCGCUGGCCAGCGCCAUCUCGUCCGCGUACCAGCGGCCGCCGUUCCUCCCGGGCGUGAACCAGUUCGAGGCCACAGUGCCGCAGCCCGCCGGACCGAACUGCACCAACGACACCAACGCCCACCCGCUGAAGCGCUGCUGGGCUCAUGUGGGUCGACACAUCGACUUCAGUGGCGCCGCAGCAUACGUGGACUCCGUGGGCAAGUCCGUACCCAACGGAUACUUCUCGCACCUGGUGAACGUGCUGGUCAUGUGUGUGCACACGAUCUCGGAGGACUGCGUGGCGCAGUACGGCCCGCUGGUGUGCAUGGCGAUCACACUAGCGGACGCGGAGGGCCGCAACCCGUCGCCGCCGCCCCCGGUGGCCGCCGCCAGUUCGCCGCCGCCCCUGGCGAUCGGCGACUCGGGCGCGGGGGGCGUGCCAGCCUCAGUGGGGGGCAAGCCGCUGAGCGGGUCGUCGUCGUCGUCGGGAGGCACGAGCGCCGUGGCCGCGGCGGUGGGCGGAGCAGUUGGCGGCGCGAUCCUCCUGGGCUUAGUAGCGGUUGCGCUUUUUGUGGUGCGACGACGAAAGCGUGAGGCGGCGGCAGCGGAAGCCGACGGUGGCGACUGGAAGGAGAAGCCGGGAGAGCUUGGCGACAUGGAGGCGGGGGGCGGAUGCCUGCCGUGCGCCGGCAAGCGCAGCGGGCCGCGGCCGGGCUCUGCUGAUGUGUUUGGCAGCGAGCGGGACUCGUCUGGCUCUGUCCACGGCGUGACGUCAAUCAUGCCUGCCGGCGUAAACUCCAUGCGGAAAUCGGAGGUGGGCACCUCCAGGAAGCACGGCGGCUGCGGCGCGACGGACGGCGGCGGCUCUCACCGUGACUCCAAGGGGGAUAGCGGCGUCAGCUCGCGUCAGGCGGGUGGGGGCUUGGGCUGCAACGGCGCCGAUGACGCGGUCUUUACUGUAGGCACGAAGGCGUGUGAGCAGGACACGGCCGGCAACGGCGAUGGCGAGGACAGUGGGCCCACACCCACCGCAUCGCUCACAGGUGGCUCGGCUGGUGUGUCUGGCCGCGCGCUGCAGCGGCAGGUGACCGCCAACUCGGCGGCGGCGCACACGGCCCCACCGCCCAGCGGCUGCCAACAGCAGCACCCACAGCAGCACCAGCGGCAGUCCUCCCGCGGCGAAGACGGGAGCAGCACACCGGGCCUCGGCACGGCAAACGGCAGCACGCAGCUGCAGGCGGCCUUGUCGACGGGCGAGGCGGGCAGCGGCGUCAGCGGCAACCUCGGCGGCCCGAACGGCGGCAGCCCGCACAGCAGCGGCACGGUGCCCACGUCGCUGGGCGAUGGCGGCCCGCACUCCCGCAUGUCACACGCGUCCACGUCUACGGACAUGUCGGACGUCAUGGUCACGCGUUGCACGCCGCGCCGACCAGACGUGCAGGUGGGCCCGGAGGCUGCUGACAAGGUCGUGCUGCUGCCGGUGAUUCGCGGGAAAGGCAGCUUCGGCAAGGUGUAUGAGGGCAUGUACCAGGGAAGCAAGGUGGCGGUCAAAGUGCUGUCGGGGCUGCCAGAAGGCGACCAGGCGGAGACGGCGGCGGCGCGGGCGCAGGCGGCGGCGGGCGGCGCCGCCGGCCCGGCGGGGCCGUCCGCGGAGCGGCUGUUGUUCGCGCUGGGGCAAGAGGUGGAGGUGCUGGGCCGAUGUCGGCACCCCAACGUGGUCCGGCUGUUGGCGGCAUGUCUGCAGCCGCCGCGUUACUGCCUGGUGAUGGAGCUGAUGGACACGUCGCUGGAGUACAUGGUCAACCGCGCGCCGGGCCGCCUGCUGCCGCUGCACACGGUGCUGCAAAUCUCGCUGGACAUAUCGCGCGCGCUGGAGUACCUCCAUCCCACCGUGGUGCACCGCGAUCUGAAACCCGGCAACGUGCUGAUCAACGGCGCCAACAGCGGCCGACCCGUCGCCAAGUUGACGGACUUUGGGCUGUCGCGGUUGCGCCACACCGUCCGGUCCACCGCACACCCGUUGGCAGGCACGCCGGCAUACAUCGCGCCCGAGUGCUACGACGUGAACAACCGCACGGUGACGCACCAGGCCGACAUGUACUCAUUCGGCGUGCUCCUCUACACGCUGCUGGCGGGGCAGGAGCCGUGGAGGAACCAUUCCGUCCCGGCCAUCGCCUACAAGGUGGCGGCGCUGCGGGAGCGGCCGCCGCUAGACCAGCUCGGUGACCUGCGGUGUCCGCAGCCGCUGCGCGCGCUCAUACGGCAGUGCUUCGAGCACGACCCCCGGCGGCGGCCCGCGGCGGCGGAGGCGGCCAAGGAGCUGGCGGUGCUGGAGGCGCAGGCCACGGCCCGGCAUCUGGCCAGCCUAACCACUGGCGCCCCCAACUCCGCGGCGGCCGGCUCGGGUGCAAGCGCUGGGGGCGCGCUGGACGCACACAGCGCCGCAGCAGCCGGGGGUCUCGCGGGCGUCGGUGUGGGCGUGCCGCCGUCAGGGUUCCUUGGGCCCAUGCAGGUGGUGGCGGACGCGGCGUCGCUGCACAGCAACGGCCCGCACGAGGACACAGCAGCAGCUGCAGGCGCGUCGGCGGGUGCAGCCGCAGCCUCAGCCGCAGCCGCAGGUGCUGGCCUGGACGGCGCGCCUGACCGCGACGGCGCGGGCGCGCUCGGGGCUGCCUUGGUCGUGGAGGAGCACCUGCCGCUGCCGCCCAGCGUGGAUGCCAGCGUGGCGGCGGCGCUCGCGGCCUUUGUGGGAAGCGGCUUCGGCCCGGCGGCGGGCAUGGCGGGCAUUGCGCCGGACGUGCGGGCUGCGGGCCGGGCAGUAACGCUGGAGGACAGCACCCUCAGCAGUGUGGAGCUCAUGCACGCCAAGUGGGGAGACCCCAUGUGCCCCUCCGGCGGCCCCACCACCCGCAACACCACCGCCUCCGGCGCCGCCGCCGGCCACGGCGCCGCCGGCAGCGCGCUGGCCUCCCAGGCCUCCACCGCAGCCAACGCCGCGGUCUGGGCCACAUCAACCUCCUCCAACGGAAACGCUGCCGGCAGCUUCCGCGACGGCCUGGCUUUUGGCCCGAGCCUGGGGCUGGGGCCUGACUUGUGGAUGGGGAUGGGGCUGGGGCUGGGGCCGGAGGGCCCAGUGGACGACGGCGUCAGCCAGGGGUUGCUGGGGGCUACGGAGGAGAGCGAUAUGUCGCAGUCGGACCCAAUGGGUCAGCUGGGUGUGGUGGUGCUGGGGGCGCCGCCGGUGCGCGGCGUGCAUGGCAGGCGGGCAGGCGGUGGCGGCGGCGGCGGCAGCGGCAGCGGCGGCGCCAGUCCCAAUGCAUUGGCAGCGGGGCUGGUGUCCUUCCCCGUGCUGCCUGUGGGCGUGGGCGUGCUACCUGGCAGCGCGGCCGUUGGGGGCGGCAGCGGCGUGGGCGGCAGCGGAGGCGGAGGAGGCAGCGGGGGUGCGGGUGGGUGGGUGAGUAGCGGCGGCGGGGGCGGCGGGAGGCCACGCGGACCCGCCCGCAGCAGCAGCAGCACAUCGUUGGAGCUACGGAAAGCGGCCGUGGUGGCGGCGGCCGUGGCAGCGGUGGCGGGCGAUGGUGGUGGUGGUGGCGGCCGGUCGAUCGGCGGGCCAUCCAUGGGCACCGGCGGCGGCAGCUUGGAGCCUGUGUCUGAGGUGGAUUCAGAGUACAUGUCCUUGUAACGAACAGUCGGAGGCGCAGGCAAGGUGAGGCCGGGCGCCGGCAGGGCCCCAGCUACCGGUAGUCAUGCCGCGGUCGCUACCCAGGGCUGCUUUUAGCUACACAGGUAGCUUUCUCCUAUGUGCCGAACUGUGCUAGGUAGCAUUCUUAUAAGGUUAUGCCUUGCACAAUGCCAACUUGCGUGCCGGACGAACGAAGCAUGUAUGGACGGAUGUCUUCUUGUGUGUAUUACGCGAGGGAUUCUGAUAUGCCUGCACCUCACGCCUAUGACAUGGGGGGGCACAUUAGGGGCAUGCCGCUGGUUGGCGGUUGCACGCAACCGCAACGCGUACCCAUCGGUACAUGCAGCCCAGUUAUUAAUACUUGCUGGAAAACUUGUCGCAGCAUAGAAGGUGGGUAGGUCAAGGUCCGCCAUAGCCGCGUGGGGCAGGCUGGUGGCAGGGAUGCCUGAACAGCACUCGGUUUAGGUCAGAGUUCGUUGCAGAACUAUUGCUGCUGGCCAAGUGUGUUUUUGAAGUUUGUGUUCGUACCGUCCACAUGAUCCGUGAUUGUCCGACGAGUCACAUGCGAACGGUGUCUGAAGCCCUGGGGGCGCUUUGGGUUUGAGGAUGUUUUUGAAGCAUGAGACGUAGCAUACUGGCGCAAACAGGUUGACGGUUGGGACAGCUCAUGUGCGCUCUCUUCUUCCUCCCCGUUCCCCAUCCCCAGAACCGCGACGUCUCCGCCGCCAACGUGAUCCGUGUGCUCCUCCUGCUGAAGCUGAUGGGCUUCGAGCGGCCGACCAAGCUGCAGCGGCCGCCAUGGCCGCCGGCGGCGGCGGGGCCGGGCUGAGAGCCUGAACGGCGCUAGCAGGGCGUGGGGUUGAGGGUGCACGUGUCGAUUGGCGGCGAGUGACGUGACUAGUUUGUUAGCUGCGGGUUAGCACGGACUGUGCACCCCACCCAACCGGCCAUGUCCGGAUUUGCGGGGAUGCCAAAGGCCCCCAACACAGAGGCGUGUGCUUAGUAGGCGCCCGCGUCAAGGUGGCCCCGGGAUCAGCCCUUUUCCUGCCAUAAGGCAGCCACCUCCUUGUUGAAGCAUGAUUCCAACGCUAGAUGGGGCAUUGUGACAGGGCUUACAUUCUGCUAGCCUUGGUAGUGUCUGGGCACGACUUGCAUCGCAACGUGGAUUCUAAGCAUGCAGAAGCGUAGAGCUGACACGGCCCGAGGCGUUGCCGUGAUCGGAGUAAAAGAGACACUGAGCGCUUCGUGUUUCGCACGCCUAUCUAAUGCGGCCAUCUGGCGCGGGGCCGCAAUGGCAGGGACUGAAUCCGCGUGUGCACGUGUGCUUCUCGAGCAAGCGGGUGUGUUACCGUACGCGCACUGCCAGGAACCGCUCAACGCCGCGCAAAGUCUGCAUGUUCCCCAAGCGGGAAUGAUUGAGUACUUUGCAACAACAAAGCCUUUGUGGCGCAUUGAGGGGUGGCAACAACAUUUGGAGGACGACAUGCAUGUCAAAGUGAGGUUGGCGUACACUCCCCUGUAGCGUACCGUUACGCCGGUUUGGGGUUUGGGGCGUGUACUGCAUAGCUAGCAUACAUUGCGAAUUGACAGCGCCACAGGCAAUAUCCACGGGCUCGAAUUGGAUGCAAUUGAGGUGCUGAGCCGUUGCCGCGUGCCGGCGUGCCUUGCGGGUGCUUGUAGUGAGUCGCUGCUGCAUUGCGUUGUGGGUGCAUGUGUUUGCACACUUGCGGCCGGUUGUUGUCAUGCUUUUGCGGUUGAGGACUCCUGCCAGAGGUAGAGCGGCCGCGAAAUCGCGGAUGGCCUGGUCAUGGUGCCGUACGACAGCCGUGGACUGAGCACAUUCAAGGUGUGAUCUGGGGGUCAACUGGUCAGCGCUCGUAUCUUACGAAGGCAGGGGCGGCGUCAGUGGCCGAAUUCCUUCAAAUGGCUUCGUUUAGUUGACGAAACAGGCUGCCGCCGCUUCGUUCACCCCCAAAAUUUUUCCCGGGGACUCCGCCCCCGACCCGCACGAUGUCGACACCGACACGA